ACUGCGCAGAUUGCAAUCAUUGUCUGGUAGGGAGGAACAUCCACCAACCCAGAACUUGAAGUAGAUAAAACCCAAUUGGCUAAGUUGUGAGCAACAUAAUUUAACUGCCUUGAAUAGUUGAACAUGUAUCCACCAACACGGCAGAACCAGGAUCUCCCAAUAGUUGCCUGGGAUAUUAUAUAUAUAUAUAUAUAUAUAUAUAAGCGUUUAUAAGUAUUUAUAUAUUACAUGUAAGAUAGAAGAGAGCUGCAAUGGAGGCGAAGGAGACUACCACAACCCCAAAACCCCUACACGCCAUUGUUUUUCCCAUUCCCCUACAAGGCCACGUUAUCCCAGCCGUCCAUCUAGCAAUCAAGCUAGCAUCUAAGGGGUUCACCAUCACCUUUGUCAACACUCAAGUGAUCCACCAUCAUAUAACUAAGUCUCUCCCCAGCACCUCCCAAAACGACAUAGAUAACAAUGUCGUCGACAUCUUCGCUGGGGCACGCGAGGUUGGUAUGGAUAUUCGGUACAGAACGGUUAGUGAUGGUUUUCCUUUAUCUUUUGACAGAUUGCUUAACCAUGAACGCUACUUACUAGAGGGUCACAUGGGUUAUUUGCCGGUUCAAAUGGACAAACUCGUUGGACACCUAGUCGAAUCGGCCGAUCCACCGGUUUCUGUCUUGAUCGCCGAUACUUUUCACGACUGGCAAACAACAUUAGCAAAGAAAUACGACCUUGUUUCUGUGUCGUUUUGGACUGAGCCUGCUCUAGUCUUCUCUCUCUACUAUCACUUGGACCUCCUCAAAAUAAAUGGCCACUACGGCGCAUCUCACAAUAAUAGAGAGGACAUUGUUGCUUACAUCCCGGGGAUCAAGGCUAUUGAACCAAAUGACAUGCCUUGUUACAUUGGAGAACUUGAUGUCUCCACCAAUAUGCAUCGUGUCUUAAACAACGCAUUCGAAAGUGUGAAAAGGGCAGAUAUCAUUCUUUGCAACACUGUUCAUGAGCUUGAGUUUGAGCCUAUUUCGGCCAUUCAAGAGAAGCAGCCCAUGUUUGCAAUCGGCCCACUAUUUCCAUCAGGUUUCACCAAUUCUCUUGUGCCAACCAGCAUCAAGCCCGAGUUAGAUUGCACUGAGUGGCUCAACUCCAAGCUCCCUAAAUCGGUCUUGUACAUCUCAUUCGGUAGCUUUGUUCCAUGUGGAAAGGAAGAAAUUGACGAAAUUGCUCACGGGCUUGUGCUUAGCAAGGUGAAUUUCAUAUGGGUUCUUCGUCCUGAUGCAACUAGUUAUGAAGAGCCAUAUGUUUUACCAAAUGGAUUUGAAAAUGAGGUGAAAGGUCGAGGUUUAAUAGUGACAUGGACCAACCAAAUUCAAGUGAUCUCGCACUUUGCAAUAGGAGGAUUUUUAACACAUUGUGGUUGGAAUUCAGUGUUGGAAAGUGUGUGGCAUGGUGUCCCAAUGUUAUGUUUUCCGUUGAAGACUGAUCAAUUGACUAAUAGGAAGUUGUUAGUUGAUGAUUGGAGGAUUGGGGUCAAUCUUUGUGACAAGAAACCAUUGGAUAAGUUUGAAGUUGCAGAGAAAAUCAACAAUCUGAUGUGUGGAAAAUCAUCUGAUGAAUUGAGGGUGAAAAUAACAAAGGUGAAGGAGAUAAUAAAGAAUAGCUUAGCUCAAGAUGGAUCAUCAGAGAAAAAUUUGUGUCAAUUCAUUAGGGAUGUGAAGACCAAAAUUAGUGGUCGGCCAAGAAUGUAAUAACAGCACGUUUGGUUGGGUAUAGUAGGCUUUGAAAUGGAAUUUAUGUUUUCCAUUGAACUUUUGUAAUAGUUUUCCAAUGUCAUGAGUAUUAUUUCAAUUACAAAUAUCUGGGUGAAUUGAUUAGGGUGGCUGCCAAGUGGUUGACUGAAAAGUAAUUCUAGUGUAUUCAUCCCUCAAUGGAGGGAGAGCCAAAUGAGAGAUUGAUAAUUACAUUAGGCUAUGAUAUCGUGGCGUUUGUUCGUAACUGUUAUGAGUAUCUCCAUUAUACCUAUGAACUUAUUUUGUAAUGAAUAUGAGGUUUAAUUUGUUUUCAA